GUUCUCUCCAUACCUGUGAUUGGCUAUUUGUAACGUUUGAACAAAAAGAUGGCGGACUCUGGAAAACGCAAAAUAGAGGUAGUUGGUGGAGAUAAGGAAUCAGAGGGACACGGGGAGACGCAUAAAUUCAGAAAAGUUACCGGUAAUGAGCCAGGAGAAGGCAAUGGCGCAGCAUCUGAUUUUCUGCUGUCGGGCUUCGAAAAAAUAGAGGUUCUCCGGGACUCGGCGCGGGAGAAAAACAUAUUCAUUCAUGGCAAGAUUGCUGGCCAGGAGGCCGUGGUCAUUUUGGAGAAGACUCCUAUCAGAGAGGAAACCCUUCCGGAGAUUUUCAAAGACUCUCGUCUGGAGCUUGAAAUGAAGAAUGACAUCUACAGUACCUACAAAUUGCAGCCUCCUCCCCACCUCAACGAGAUAAAGACCACGGUGGUGUGUCCGGCCACCGAGAAGCACGUGAAGAAGUACCUGCGCCAGGAGACCUACCUGCUGGAGGAGAGCGGGGAGGACUACCUGUCCAUCACCCUGCCCUUCAUCCAGAGCCAGAGCUUCAGCGUGCAGUGGGUCUACAACAUACUGGAGAAGAAAGCUGAGGCAGAUCGAAUUAUUUAUGAGGAUCCAGACCCUGAGCUCGGAUUCGUCCUGCUGCCGGAUUUCAAGUGGGACCAGAAGCAGCUGGAUGACCUCUAUCUGAUCGCCAUUGUUCACCGGAGGGACCUCAAAAGCCUGCGGGACCUGAGAUCAGAGCACAUUCCGUUGCUGAGUAACAUCAGGAAGGGAGGACAGGAGGCCAUUCGGAAGCGGUACGGUGUCCCGGCCAACAAGCUGAGGGUGUACCUGCACUACCAGCCGUCCUACUACCACCUGCACGUCCACUUCACCUCGCUGAGCUACGACGCGCCGGGCUCCGGCGUGGAGCGGGCGCACCUGCUCUCCGACGUGCUCCAGAACCUGGAGGCCGACCCCCGGCACUACUGCUCUCGCACCCUCUGCUUCCCCGCGAGGGCCGACGACGGCCUUCUCCGCAAGUUUAAGGAGGCCGGCAAGGUGUAGAGUUCUUGCCGUCUGAACGAGAACGCGCGUCUGCGGUGCUCCGUUAAAAAAUUUUUUUAAAAUAAAAUCGUAGUAGCUUUGCUCAG